AUGAGUAAAAUUAGGAGCCUCCCACCUGAGGUCAUGGAACCAGGCCCUGGAGUGGAACUUGGGGUGGAAGACGGCCUCCUCUGUCAACUGAUUCAUUCUCCAGAAUUCAACUUGUUCUCUGACUCGGUGGUGUUUGAAAGCAACUUUAUCCAGGUCACUAAAGCCGGGAACUGGAUGGAUGUCUGUGACGGGUCUACCACUGUGAUCCUCGGGGUGACCUCCUCGGUGCCCUCCUUGCCACUCCCCAACGUCCUCCUGAUGGCCAGUGUCACCUGGCCCCAGGGUCAGUUUUCCACCUGUAGCACACCUGAUAGUGCCCCAGUCAUCACCCUCAGCAGGAUUCUCCCACUGAAGUACGUGGAGCUACGAAUCUGCGACCGGCUCCAACGCAUCCUGAGGGUUAGGACAGUGACUGAAAAGAUCUUCUACCUGAGGCUCCACGAAAAACACCCAGAGGCUGUGUUUCAAUUCUGGAUCCGCUUGGUGGAAAUUCUGCGGAGAGGUCUGUCUAUCACCACAAAAGACCCGAGAAUCCAAUUCUCUCACUGCCUGGUGCCCAAGUUGCCCUGCAGCUCCACCGAAACAUCUGGAAGCGGCCUCCUGUCAUCCUGCCAGUCCAGUGAAAGCUCCAUGAAACUCUUGGCAGCCGAGCAGACCAGUGAUUUCUCGAAUCUCUCAGGAAGGUCCCAGCUCACAGCAGACAGAAACACCGAUACCACCACUGAAAUAGACAAUUUCAACUGCUCUGACAAGACACCCUCUCCAGUGGCAUCCCCUGUCAAUUCGAAUAUACCCAUGAGAGCCACCUUGAACCACAGUCUCCGGGAGCAAGAGAAUCCAGUGGAGCACUUCCUGCAGGCUCCUGUAGCCAGUUCCCUAGGAGAGGACUUCCUGGGACCCAACACCUAG